AAGCAACCAUCUUUUCUCUUCGCCCGCUGAUCACAACAAGCAACAUACCUCCAGCCCAACCGCAUCAUGCUACGAUAAAUCUCAGCCCGAACGUGUCCUCUAUGCACGAACUGUGCUCUUAACAAUGUCCCCUCGCGCAGCCCUAGCUGCUUGCAAGAUCUCGCCAAAGUCCUCCAUCUACACCCUCUGCAAACCAUGCCUCACCCGUACCUUUUCUGCCUCACGCACAUUAGCAGAUGCUGAAGAUGACGAGCUCCGUCCUGCAACCAACUUGGAUAAGAGACCACCUGGUCCCUCCGCACAACGGCAAGCCAUGUUCAACUGGCUUGAAGGACCUGGUUCAGCUUUUCGCUACCCUCUACCAGGCUCCACAAACUACUUGUCGGCCUACAAUCAAGCUGGCCAGCUGGUAAGAGCGGCCCAAUCCGGGAAUGUAUCCGUGAAACAAGAAAACUCCGAGGGAACGGUUGACACCGACGAUGCAAGAGCUCUGGAAGCUGCCGCCACCACCCCGUCGAUCCCACCAGAGAGAAGAGAAGACCUCCGGCCUUUUCCCAAUAACAAAGCGUUCUACUCAGAAAGCAUCUUGUCAGAAGACCUGAGGCUUGAAAUAUGGAGACGCGUCCAAGUUGAAGGUCAAUCUAUUCGGCAAACGUCAGCAGAAUUUCAGGUGGAAAUGCGGAGAGUGGCCGCCGUGGUGAGGCUGGUCGAGAUCGAGAGAAGAAUGAAGGCAGAGGGCAAAUCUCUCGCUAUACCCUACGCCCGCGCCAUACAUUCUAUGGUUCCCACUACGAACCUGGAUCCAAUCAGCAGGCAGCCCGACUCUGCCCAUGAGUCUAUCAACGACCUCGAACAACAUCCUCUGACCUUUCCUCAACUUUUCUACCCGACCUCCGAGUCUCGCGCAUUCAAUCGAACCGAUGCCGGCCGAGUCUUCAGUGGGGCACCACGCCUUCCUGACCACGACGACUAUGCUCCCGUGGAGCCUUGGCAAGACGAUACACCCGAGCUGAUCGGGAAAAGAGGCCAUGAGAAAUAUGUACUCAAACCAGCCGAUAGCAGAAUUCCUCACCCACAUUUGAUCGCUGCGGAAAAAGACCGCUUCAUGGGUGAGACUCCAGCGCAACAAGUCCGAAAGUACAAUCAACGGCUACAGGAGGAUGCCGAGAAGAGGAAAAAGCUACAGGCUAAAAGAGAGGCUGCUGAAGAGGGCACAAAGACGAGGAUUGAAGCUGGCCGUUGGCAGUUUGUUGUCACCGAUGUUCAAACUUCAAGACAGGGCACUGGGAUCAACGGUCGCGGCACCGGAAGUCCUGGACACCGGUACGGUGUGCCUAGCGAGGAGAGGAAGCGAGGCAGAGUCAAGAUCCCCACCAAGGUCGAUGUAUGAGCGAGUGAUCAGAGUGUCUGGCAUUGCGGUUCAACAUGUGCGCAUCAAAUACCCUUGUGGAAUGAAUGCAUCCACAUGUUAGCGAUCCCGUUACUUGUGUCAGGCUUUGCUCCUGAUCUUGUUCAAGAUCAUGUCAUUUGUCUCCAUUCUGUGGAGCAGUGUAUAAUAACUCAUCAUAAUGGCCAUGCAUGAUCGUCCAGGUGUCGAUACAUGAGUCGCCCUGGUUCAAGACUUUCUCGAUUAAGUCCAGGUGUUUAUUACCCCAUAUAUUCAUUCAGUCAUAGCCAUGAAAAGGAAGAACCUAGAUGUCGUGCAAGAUUUUCUCUCCCGCUCUUCCUGAAGCUGCC